GUUGUUGUUUUCACACACAGACACAUCGAAUUUUCCAACAAGAAUUUUCAUUUUUUCGUUUUUUUGAUCAUCAAAAAUUCAUUUAAACAUUUAAAAGUUAAAUUCUGUGAUUCUUUUACAAUUGAAAACGAAAUGUGGUUCAAUUCAUUGAUGGAAUGAAAAUUUUGUAACAUCAUUACCGAAAUCUUUGUCUUUUUGUGGCCAAAUAUAAAUAAAUAAUGGAAGUACCGCGUCCAUUAAAACAUUUGGUACAAAAAGUACUUCGUGGAUUUUAUCCAUGUGAACAUGUAAUUGUUGUUGAUUUAUUAAUAAGAAAAAUUGUUCUAAAAGAAGAUGAUAUGAUUGAAUUAUUACGAUUUGAAAAGAAACAGCUACGCGGUGUAUUGGCAUUAUUGAAAAAUGAUAAAUUAAUCAAAUUCAAAUUGAGAAUGGAAACCGGUUUGGAUGGUAAAGCUUUCCGGCAAAAUUAUUAUUAUAUAAAUUAUAAAGAUUUUGUUAAUGUUGUCAAAUAUAAAUUGGAUCAUAUAAGAAAAAAAUUCGAAUUAAUUGAUCGUGAUAAUACAUCAAGAGCUUCGUUUAUUUGUUCUUAUUGUAGAAAAUCUUUUACCGAUUUAGAAGUGGAUAUGUUGUUGGAUAGUUCGGGCGAGCUCAGAUGUACACAUUGUGGUAGUGAAGUUUGUGAAGAUCCAAAUCAUCUACCAAAAGCUGAUUCAAGAAAAAUGUUAGCAAAAUUCAAUGAAACAAUGGAACCAUUAUAUAUGUUGCUCAAAGAAAUUGAAGAUAUUCGUUUAACAGCCGAAUUAUUAGAUCCAGAUAUUGAUAGUCGAAUUGAACAACAAGCACAACAAAAUUAUGAUGGUACAUUUUCUACUGGAAAAUGGAGUGAUAAAAAGAAAGGUCUUUUUGGCAAUGCAAUGGCAAAUCUAAAUCAUUUUAAUGUUAAAAUUGAUGAUACUGAUUCAACGAAUAAUCAAAAUCAAAAUCAACCGAAAAAAGAACAACCAAUUUGGAUGAUGGAAAGUACAAUAUCAGGUGCAACAAAUAAUAUGGCCAUUGAAAAUGGUGCUGGUGGUAAAAUGAACAAAAUGAUUAAUGGUGGUCCAAAUGUUGGAACAAAUGCAAAUAUUCGACCAUUAAUCGAUACAUUCGAAUUACCAUCAAGUAUAAGUGAACUUAGUAGCUCGGAACAAGCUAAAGAAAUUCUAGAAAUUUUAUUAUCAUAUGAAAAACCAAAUGAUCCUUGUUGGUUUCGUAUUUGUAAAUAUUUUGGCUUUACAAUCAAUACUGAUAAUGAUGAUGAUAAUGAUGAAAAUAUUGUUGAUUUAAACGAAAUGACAAACAAUGAUGAAAAUAUCAACAACAAUAAUAUAGAUAAUCAAAUGGAUAUUGAUUUUUUCGAUUGUUUACCAUUUAUUAGUGUAAAUGGUUGUCCUAUUUCAUUAAUAGAUUUAACUGAUGAACAUAUACUCAAAAUGAAUGAUUUAGAAAAACAAGAAUAUAUUAGGAUAGCACAACAAUUAUAUGUUACUGUUUUUGAUAUUUAAACAAAAUCCAAAAUCCAUAUUUUUUAUUAUUAUUAUUA